UAUGAUAAUACCAAUAAUAAUUUAUACUUGAAUAGUAUUGUUCUAAGACGAUGAUUUAGAAAAGAAGUUUUAAAAUGCUUUUGAUAUAACAAGAGAUUUAAAGUAAAGAACUUACACCCAGAAGUACCAAAAUAAUAGAAAUAAUAGGUAAACUACAUAUCUAAUAUUAAUGAUACUGGGCAAAUUAAUUUCCUAAUAUUAAUGAAUAGGAAUAAAUAUCUAAUAUUAAAGAAUAAGGGCAAUAGUUGUAGGAUUUUGCACUUCAAUAUUCAGAUAGAUAUAUAUACAAGAGGCUUAGGAUUUGAAUCUGCCACAAGAGAAUUAUAUGGAAUUUUAACAUAUUAAAAUGACAAUUUAUUUUAUUCUGGCGAUGAGGUUGCUAAUUAAUAUCAUGGACAGGUCAAAUUAAUCAAUUUCUAAUCAAAAUUGAUGGUCCUUUUUGAAUAUUAAGAUGACAGAGGAAUGAAUAAUUUUUGGUUGGAAUAUGUAAUUAAUUAUUGAUCCAAUUGAGGAGGUACUUUUUUACGUUAAGGUGCAUGGAGUUGGUGUACAUUAUUUGAGAAAUAAAGAAAAAUUUGAAUGUUAUUUUAAUGUAAAUAUAUAUGAUUGAUGAUGGAGGAAUAUAUUCAACAAUGGAUGGAUACACUAUUAAAGAAGUAUAGAAAGG